AUGCGCUUUUCAACGACCCUCGCCCGACCAUUGCAACUGAUCCUGAGAUCUCUGCAGUGGAUCAGUGCCGUUGUCGUCCUAGGAUUGACCUCACGCUUCAUCAACCAAGGACCUCAUGGGCAGCACAUCACCUACCAAGAAGUUAUUUCCGCUCUCUCGAUCGUCUUCUUCAUCCCAGCAUUCAUAUCUCCCUUCCGCCCAGCAUUUCUAAGCAAAGUCGUCAUCCCGAUUGACCUCGUGUUUUCCUAUCUAUGGUUGACUGCUUUUGUCUUUGCGGCCCAGGACUACAAUUGGCAUUCGUGCUACUUUCAUUCCCCGCCUGGUGUAACCUGCCAACGCAAGAGGGCGAAUGAAGCAUUCAUCUUCUUAGCUUUCAUCUUUACUUUCUUAGGGAUCCCUCUCGAAGGUGCCGCACUCCAUGCAUAUAGAAGGAACCGGGUCAUCCAGCCCGUUGUGGAGAAGCACGAUGGCGCUGGCGCUACCACUGGCACUGGGACUCGGGCCCCGCUUGAUGCCCCCGCAGAAGUUGCUGCUCCGGUUGCUACGGUCUAA